AAGUUUACCGUCAUAUAGAUUUCUGGCCACCCUAAGGGACGCAACUCUUCAUAGCGAAUUGCGAAUCGCCUUUGAUAUUUGGACCACUCAAAGCACCUGGCAAUGGCACGAGACACAGUCCAGAUGACCAUGUUGGAGCUAAUGAGUAUCCUGCCGUCUGUGGCGUUGGUGGUGGUGACGGUGUCGUUGCUGUUCAUAUACGGCAUGUCUGGUUACACUGUGUUCAAGAAAAGGCAGAUUCCUGGUCCCACACCGAUACCAUUUUUUGGUAACCUUCUGCCCAUGGCCAAAAGGGGGUUUGUUUAUCCUUUGUUGGAGUGGAAAAAAAAGUUCGGACCUGUCUACGGUGUCUAUUUCGGCCACAAGCCUGUUCUAGUCGUGACGGACCUGGAAAUGCUGAAACAGAUUGAAGUAAAAGAGUUCAACAAGUUCCAGAAUCGAUGGGACAUCGACUUGUACCCUAGCCCCAUAAACAAGGGCAUCUUCUUUGAGAAGGGGGCAAACUGGAAGAGGAUCCGGAGCAUCAUCAGUCCAACGUUCAGCGCCGGCAAACUGAAACAGAUGUGCCAGCAAAUUAAUGUAUGCGCAGAGAAGCUGUCUCAGAGAUUGAAAGGACUCUCCGUUGGCGGACAGCAAGUUGAGAUCAAAGGCUACCUAUCUGCUUUUACGAUGGAUGUUAUUCUGAUGACAGCCUUCGGGAAGAAUGUAGAUUCUCAGCGGAAUCCAAACGAGCCCUUCGUCAAAAACGCCUACAACAUAUUCAAGGAUAGCGUAUAUACCAUGCCAUUCGUUUUCCUUGCCACUCUGUUUCCUAGCAUGGAGAAGCUAGGCAAGAAGCUUGAUAUGUGUGCAUGGCCCAAGGAUGCCGUCAACUUCAUCAUCACAGCCGUCAGGGAGAUAGUGGAGGAGCGACGUCAUGAACAGGAAGCAAAGAACCACGACUUUCUGCAGUUGAUGCUGGACGCUGAGAUGCCUGACGACGUGGACGGUGACCACGUUGAUGCCAACGCCAACGUCGACAAAAACAAGAAACGUCUAACAGAGGAUGAGAUUAUCGGACAAGCGUUCCUGUUCCUCAUAGCGGGGUACGAGACGACGGCGUCGGCAUUACAGUACAUGUCGUACGCCCUGGCUACGAACCCAACCGUGCAGGACAGGGUCUACGAGGAGAUUGACAGAGUUCUAGGAGACGAGGAGCCCAACUAUGAGAACAUCAUUAAUAUGCGCUACAUGGAACAGGUGUUCAACGAGUCCCUGAGGAUGUUCCCAAUCGUCCCCAUAAUGACCCGUGAAGCGAUGGAGACAGUGACUAUAAAGGGGUACCAGAUAGACAAAGGAACAGCCGUGGCUGUUUCAGUCUACGCCCUGCAUCACGACCCCGCGAACUUUCCCAACCCGGAAGUAUUCGACCCUGAAAGGUUUUCGCCUGAAAACAAGAGGAAAAUAAACCCUAUCGCCUUUCAUCCGUUUGGCUACGGGCCACGGAUAUGUAUCGGCAUGAGAUUAGCGCUGAUGGAGGCCAAAUGUGCCAUGGUCCAUAUGCUGAGGAGGGUCAAGCUUGUCCGGUCCGAGGACACAGAGGUUCCGCUCACUUUCGACAACAACAGGAUUAUGCAGCCUUUAAACCCAAUCCGUCUGAGAAUUGAGCCCAGGAACAAAACAUGCUGACUUUCAACGAUUCCGCUGUUGACGCCCGCUUAUGUGUAAUUCAGCUCUAUAUUGUCAUGUGACAACCAAAUGAACAAUAUGCAUAUCACUGUCUCAAGACAAGCCAUAUGAAGAUUAUGUUUAAAGGUAGACCUAUUUGAUAUCACGGCGUGUGGAGGAUAGCCCGACGUGAUGAGGAUCGCAGAGUAUGGUGCUGAUACAGGUGGAAGGAUGACCAGGGCGACCCGAGAUUUGAACCCUUGUUAUAUCAGGCUAGGGAGACGAUACAAAGAAACUGUGCUUACGAUCCAGCGGAAAAUACAAUAAAACUGCGUUAAGUCGAAGUCCUGGGACAAUCGAGUAGCCCGUAGUUCUCGUGGCGGAGUCAACCUCUUUGAACAUGCAAAGACAAGGACUAUCAAGUUGAAUUUUUUAAACGAAAAAUCGAAAUACUGGAUUUCGCGAGGUGAAAUAGGGUUUAACGUCGCGUCCAAGAUUAUUGUACUUAUAAAGCAAAGUUCGUCUUAAGAGUUCGACUUGGCUUAAUAUAUAUAUAUAUAUAUGUAUCCUUUUAUAUACAUUGGGAUGUAAAACUCCCUGUGAACGAAUUCAUUUACUCUUCUGUGAUGUUAUUUAACAUUCAAUAUGUUUUGUAUAUGUAUAUGUGUAUAUAGUGACCAUAUACCGUAGGUUGGCAUAGAAGCAAUGUGUAUGGCUGACGUACGGUUCAUAUCAUGUAUCGAUCUUUAUUGUUUUACAAUAUAUGUACAGUGUUAAGAAUAAAUGGGAGAAAUAAUAA